CAGUCCACCGACAGGGGGCGAUAGUUGUUGAAUGCCAUGGAAAUGCCCACGUUUUUUUCCCUCAACCUUAUACGUAGACCGCGUGUGUUACACUAAAAUUCUUCCCCAGGAAACACAGGGGAAUUGUAUACUGCGAAGUAUAGCCACAUUAGACAUGUUUGAAUGUUUUAAGGAUAAAGUUGGUGAAGUUUUGCUACCAGGAGAUGUAUUUUCAUUUGAUUUAGUGCCUCUGGACAAUAAAUCAGACAAAGUGAUCUGUGGUCCUGGACUCCGCCGAAACGGAGAUGAAGUCCUGGUUUGCAAAAGCGGGAUUCUCCGGCACAAACCGCCGAACCUCUACUGGAUAGACUCCAUACAGAAACGGUAUGUUCCGGCCAAAGGCGAGAGCGUGAUCGGGAUCGUGACCGUCAAAUCUGGAGAUGUCUUCAAGGUGGACGUGGGGGGAAGCGAGCAGGCCUCCUUGUCCUACUUGGCAUUUGAGGGGGCCACGAAGCGAAACAGGCCCAAUGUUCAGGUAGGGGAUCUGGUGUAUGCGCAGUUCACCAUCGCCAACAAGGACAUGGAACCGGAGCUGGUGUGCAUCGACAGCUGCGGCCGGGCCAAUGGGAUGGGAGUGUUUGGUGCCGACGGUCUCCUCUUUAAAGUGUCCCUUGGGCUGGUCCGCAGGUUACUGGCACCGCAAAGCGACAUAGCGAAAGACCUGGAGAAGACGUUCCCGUUCGAGAUGGUGGUGGGCAUGAACGGCCGGGUAUGGGUGCGAGCUCGGACCACGCAGCAGACGCUCGUCGUCGCCAACCUGCUGGAGAGCUGCGAGAACAUGACCACGCAGCAGCGGCAGGCUCUCUUCCGGCGGGUGGCCGACCGUGUGACAUAACAGCGGAGCCGGGACAGAAAUGCAGCAGAACAAGCCCUACCAGAGUAGUGACUUGGGCCAGGACUUCCGUGGAUCUGUUCCUGGAAUGUCAGCAUAUCAGGAAAGCUUUUAUAUAUUAUCGGGUUGUAAGGAAAUACAAUAAUGUUCUACUGUCAUUACUUUUGUACAGGUUGAUUUAUGGUUUGUAAGUAAAUAAAUGCCAUUUACUUGUUUUAAAUAUA